UGCCUCUUGUGUGUGAAUAAUGUACAGUGAUGGUGCCUUCUCAGACCCACGUGAUGCUCAAGUGGCAGGAGCACCUGAACAGCUCCUGGGCGGCGGAGGACAGCGUUCAGACCGCCACACGGCACGGAGCUGCUGCUCUCUAUGCAAAACUGGUCUACAACAAGGAGGUUGUGGGCUUGGCUCAGCCAGUGCAAGACCUAAUGGGUCCACGCUUGCCCGACUUCCAGUACGAAUCCAGCGCUGAGGAGGAGAAGGAGGAAUAUCUGUCCGCACUGCUCCACAGUCAGCGAUGCCUGGCCCACCGCAUGCUGGCGAGGACCCCCUUUGCCCUAUCCCUGCACCACAGACUGGUGAUCCUCCAGAGGGUGUUCUACGCCCUCCAUAGCAAAUAUCACGACCGUUUCCGAGCACCGCUGCCUCCCCAACCCUCAUCCUCCAGUGCAGAAGGGGGCGCUCUGGAGUCAGUGUCUGAGCCUUGGCCAACAGGCAGUUCCCGUUCAAAGUCGGGCACAGACGUUCUCAUUGAAAUGGGAGUCCGGACUGGGUUGAGUCUCCUUUUUGCCCUACUGAGGCAGAGUUGGCAGAGGGGGCGUCUUGAGAACCCACCGGACGUCGCUCUGUGCAACGAGGUACUGGCCACCGCGUCUUCAGUCCUGGCCGCCCUGCCUCCUCUUUCCUUGGCCAACGAGAACAAGAUCCCGACAGUGGGGCUUGACUGUCUUAUGCAAGUUGGAGACUUCCUAAAGAAGACAGCGGUCAGUGGGUCCGGGGCGGAUCGGGCGGGUCGCAGGCUAUCCCUGGAGCUCCUUCUCUCGUUAGCCUUACAAAGAGGAUCCUUGCGCUUCCUUCUGGAGUGGGUGGAGGUGGCGUUGGCCGCCUCCUCUUCCUCCACCACGACUGAAACAGUUGGAGUGGGCUACGAGCUGAUCCAUCAAACCCUGCAACAGAUGCGCCAGCACACGGCUAUUCGUGGUGAAUCCAUCAAUACUCAGGUGCUGAAGAAAGAUGCAGAUGGACUCUGUAGCCUCUCGCAUGUUGCUCUUUGCCUCUUUGAAGAGAUCUGCACCCUGGCCUCUAACUGCCUGUGCUCAUGCAGUGCGGGCUCUUCCUCUUCCUCCGGCUCCGAAAUUGAUGCCGUCAUGGUGUACGUGUGGGGCAGCAACAGCAGCCAUCAACUCGCCGAGGGAACGCUGGAGAAGAUUUUACAGCCCAAGCUGGCUCAGGGCUUCAGCGAUGCACAAAUGAUUGAGGCAGGCCAGUACUGCACGUUUUCUGUAUCUGCUGAUGGUGCAGUGAAGGCUUGUGGGAAGGGUAGUUAUGGUCGAUUGGGACUGGGAGACUCUAAUAACCAGUCCAUGCCCAAAAAGCUGGUUCUGGAACCGCCUCGUACCAUGAGGAAGGUGUCGUCUUCCAAGGGAUCAGACGGACACACGCUCGCCGUCACGGCGGAGGGAGAGGUGUUCAGCUGGGGAGAUGGAGAUUACGGCAAACUGGGCCAUGGGAACAGCGCCACACAGAAAUACCCCAAGAUUAUACAAGGCCCUCUUUUAGGAAAGGUGGUGGUGUGUGUUUCUGCUGGAUACAGACACAGCGCCGCGGUGACUAAUGACGGAGAGCUGUACACCUGGGGGGAAGGCGACUUCGGUCGACUCGGUCACAGCGACAGUCACAGUCGUAACAUGCCCACUCUGGUGAAGGACAUCAGUGGGGUCGGGCAAGUGGCCUGUGGCAGCUCUCAUACCAUUGCUGUGGCUCAAGAUGGACGAAUCGUCUGGUCCUUUGGAGGAGGAGACAACGGUAAACUGGGACAUGGGGACACAAACCGUGUGUACAGGCCUAAAGUGAUAGAAGCCCUUCAUGGCUUCAUUAUCAGAAAAGUGUGUGCUGGGAGCCAGUCGUCACUGGCUUUGACAUCUGCUGGCCAGGUGUUUGCAUGGGGCUGCGGCUCGUGUCUCGGCUGCGGCUCGUCUGAGACCACCUCACUCAGACCUCGAUUAAUAGAGGAGCUCAGUAUUACUAAAAUCAUAGACAUUUCCUGUGGAGACAGCCACUGUCUCGCUCUGUCUCACGAAAAUGAAGUAUUUGCUUGGGGCAACAAUGCCAUGGGGCAGUGUGGGCAGGGCCAUACCUCAACACCAGUCACCAAACCCAAGAAAGUGAUUGGUUUAGAAGGGGUGUCAAUACAGCAGAUUACUGCAGGCACGUCCCACAGCCUGGCCUGGACAGCGGUUCCUACAGACAGACAGCUGGUGGCUUGGCACAGGCCAUUUUGUGUGGAUCUCGAGGAGAGCACGUUUACAUACCUCCGCAGUUUCCUGGAGCGUUACUGCGAUAGUAUCAGUGGGGACACACCACCUGCACCUUUCCCCUCUAAGAGGGAACAUCACCAGUUUUUGUUGUUGUGUAUGAAACUGUUAUCCAUCCACCUGUCGCUGGCCCAUGCAGGGGGAACGGGUGCCACAGUGCUGGGUGCUCAGGGUCGGCCCCUCAGGAACCUGCUCUUCAGACUCAUUGACUCUAAUGUACCUGACUCCAUACAACAGGCGGUAAUGAGCACGCUGUCCAUCGGAGCAUCUCUGUUGCUGCCUCCUCUCAGGGAGAGAACGGAGCUGCUGCACUCGCUGUUACCACAGGGUCCAGAGAGCUGGGAAAGCCUCUCUAAAGGACAGCGUCUACAGCUGGACAUGGUGCUGAACAGCCUGCAGGAACAGAGUCAUGUGGCAUCCCUGCUGGGAUACAGCUCACCUGGGGAGUUGAGUGCAGGUCUGGCACUGCCGCCCACCCCUGACCGCCCCACAGGAAGUGUUAGCUCAGGCUCAGAAGCUCCAGACCAUCUCCACCUGGCUGAAGUGCUCCUGAAGACCUUGCUGCUCAGCAUUGGCUUCUAUACGGAGCGUGCGUUUGGUGAACUGGAGAAGAACAGCGAUAAACAGCGGUUCAGUCAGUCCCAGAAACAGACAGAGGCUCCAUCACACUUCCACCACCUGUUGUCAGCCCUUCACAGACACCUGCUGGCCCACUGCUACAUCCACACAGGCGCUGAGGAUGACAGUAGCGUCGUGCUGCUCCAUAAGCACCUGUGCCUGCUGCUGCCUUAUGCAGCCGAAACCUUCAGGAGAUCCACCAUCCUUCUGGAGGAGAGCACACUGGACAAACACGUCAUCAAGAAACUACACACUGUGCUGUUUGUUUCGGUGGCGGGCAGUCUUCUGUGUCAGGUGAUGUACUCUCUGCUCCUGUUGCCAUUGGCUGUGGUCAGACCCCUCCUUCCUCACCUACUCACUCUGCUUGAACAUCUCAACGAGCUCAACUGUUAUCUGCCCAACACUGCGCACCUGGAAGACAUGGAGCUGGAAGGAACCUCACAGGAAGCAUCUGAAACCUCUGAGCCAAUCACAGCGUCAGAGUCAGAAGACUGGGCAUGGCUACUAGACCUGGAGAGGUCUGUGGCUCUUGCCAUUGGUCGAUGCCUGGGAGGUAUGCUGCAGGGCCCACCCCCUUCCAUCCAGGAGAAGACAGCAGAGUUCUGGCUGUGUAACCCACUCCUGAGAAACGGGCUGGAGAUAGACUUUGAACAACUGGACUGGGCAAUGGGUUGGCUGACUGAGGCUGUGUUCAUGGGUUGCGGAGACGUGAGGCUAGCCGAGCUGCGGCUGUCAGAAGAUAACACAAUGCUAGUGGAACUCGCUCUUGGCUCCCCACGAGAACCUGCCAGCGCCCUCUGGAGGAAAAUGAGGGAGUUUGCGGAGAGUCAAGACUGGGACAAUAGUGGAUCAGUGGGAGACUCUGUGUUAGAGAUGGCGUGUCGCUGUAGUUUGGCCGCUCUACUCAAACAUGCCGGCCUUAAUGAAGCCUACUGGCAGGAUAAAUAUGAGCCCUGUGAGGUGCUGAUUGAAAUAUAUCAGGUGGUGUAUAAAAUCCGCAGCACUCUGCUGUCCUAUAAAGAGAGCAUAGGAAACACAACCAGCGUCCAAACAACAACUACCACCAAACAGGCUUCAUUGGGCUCUCAGAGCCCCAGUGAGGAGAGGCAGGAAGUGGGCAGCUCAGGAGAGCAGACCGGAAGAGACACAGAUCCCAGCAGCCAGACACCACAUGCUGCUGAACACAACCAGGACGAUCCCUUAGAGGAGGAGACGCCCAGCAUCAGCAGUAUGUACCUGCCGGAGGUGCUGCAGUGUUUCCUGGCCACCCGUGAGGCCAUGCAGCUCCAACAGAACGAGACUGUGUACGAGUCGUCUGGCACCAGCACAUUGCCCAGCAGCACUGAGAGCCCUGGGACGCCAGACAGGGAGCCCCCUCAGCGGCCCUGGGACCACCACAGCACCACUGACCAGGGCCUGCCCUUCCCAGCAGCCUGCCACCUGCUGGUUUCACGCUGCCUCUUCCUGUUGCUGGGGGUCCGAGCUGCUUGGCAGGAGGAGAGUGUGUUGUCACAGACACCUACUGAGAGCAGCUUGGCCAGAUCUCCACCCUACAAUGAGGCUUUAGGAACAAAGAUGGAUAUACAGUCCUCUUCUGAGAGAAGUUUCAGUGAGAGGGAGACACCAGAUGAGUCUAAAAGCUCCUCAGGGACAUUCAAGAAUAAAAUUGGCCUUCCUCUCUGUUCUUUGGGCAUCAUGAAAGAUGCCUGGGAGCGUCUGCGGCAGUGCAUCAGUCCCACUACCGUACUGUGCCCAGGUGGAGGUGGCACACCCGUCCUGGGCCAGGUCUUCCAUUUCCUUUGUGGGAGCCUCCACCGAACCUCUUCUCUGAUGGACAAAGAUGGAGUUGCACAUGUGGAUCCCAAAGCCAUCACCGUAGCCAUGGCACAAUGUAGAGACAUUACAAUUGUUUUCAUCCCCUUCAUCCAGGUGCGUUUGGAGGCCUUGUGUCAGAUUUCCUCCUUUCUGUCAGAGAUGGAGGAAAAGAACGUCAGCUCUCUGGUGCCUCCUCGUUUUCCAGGCCUCCUGCAGUCAGUGCAGCUGCAGUUCCUCUCUGGCUGCUUUGGUCUGGGUGCCCCGAUCACCGGCAGUCUAGCAGCACCUAACAACAAGAUUCACCAUUACACCGCUGGGACUCAGUCGGCUCCUAUCAGUGUUCAGAGGGAGUUACAGUCUGCGGCUCACACACUGUACCAGCAACUGGUGCGUGUGCUUAGACAGAAGGUGGCAUUAGAGAGAGAACAGGCUGGCUCUUAUCAGCACCUGCUGUUAGCUACAGUCUUCACUCUGAACUUCCACUAUCAGCCGGUGGAUCUCGUGGUGAUUAUUAAAUGUGGCAUCCUGGAGAUCUUGUCCACACUGACUGAUAACGCCUGUGUGCUGGUGAACCAGCGCUGGCUGGCCGCCUCCAUGUCCGGUCACAUGCAGCUCGGUGGGGCGGUGAAGCUGGCCGCUGCCAGACUCCUGCAGAUAUUUGCCAUAGCGGCCAGUUCCUGUGAAGAUGCCUUGCCAUUGGAAGUGUCCCAGGCUCUCAUGGAUGUAAUGACGUUUUUAUCCUGUGUGCUGGUGAACCAGCGCUGGCUGGCCGCCUCCAUGUCCGGUCACAUGCAGCUCGGUGGGGCGGUGAAGCUGGCCGCUGCCAGACUCCUGCAGAUAUUUGCCAUAGCGGCCAGUUCCUGUGAAGAUGCCUUGCCAUUGGAAGUGUCCCAGGCUCUCAUGGAUGUAAUGAGUGAGCAGCUGCAGGGAUUGUUACAUUUAGUCCACCAGCAAGAGGUGCUAGAGAGGGAUUCCACAGAGCACAUCCAAGAAGAAACAUCUAAACAAGAAAGUGCAGAUGUAGUUCGUAGCAGCAGGGUUGUGGAGUCCCAGCUCGCUGACUUUCUAGUCUUCCUAAGACGCAUUUUGUCACUAAGAGUCGCCAAAAGAGUCUCAGCAUUUGUCAAUUGGAUUGAUCCACUGAUGACAAUUAUAUCAUACAAAUGCAGCUCUGGAAAUUCACGCUUUCACAACCUGCGGACGAAGCUGCUGGCCUUCCAUAUUCUGGAAGCUCUUCUUCCUGCCUGUUCAGACCCAGUUGUCAUGAAACAAAUUGUCGAUCAAUUAUUUAGCCUUUUGUCCACAUACAUGUGGGAAGAACCUCUGGCCCUGAGGAAAAACUUAGAAAAAGAGAGAACAUCAGAGAACUCAAAUAGGGACAGUGGAAGUGAAGAUGAAUGUAUUCCUAUUGGUGAUUUCUCUUUUGACCCACAUAAACUGAUCUGUUGUUCUCUGGAGAGCGGGAAUGUACUCUCUCAUGGAUCGGGAGGAAAAGGGUACGGUUUGGCCACCACCGCCAUCACGUCUGGAUGCUUCAUCUGGAAGUUUUAUAUUACUAAGGAGAACAGGGGAAAUGAAGGGACAUGUAUCGGAGUGUCCCGAUGGCCCAUCCGGGACUACAACCAUCGCACCACCACAGACAUGUGGCUGUACCGGGCCUACAGCGGUAGCCUGUAUCAUGGAGGAGAGCUAGGCCGAGCUCUGCCCUCCUUCACCCAGGGCGACACCAUCACCUGCAUCCUAGAUAUGGAAGCUAGAACAAUUUCCUUUGCCAAAAACAACAGGGAGCCCAAACUAGCGUUUGAAGGAGUGGAUGCCACAGAGCUCUACCCCUGUGUUCUUUUCUACAGCAGCAACCCAGGAGAAAAGGUGGCGCUGUGUGACCUGCAGAUGCGUGGCAUGCCUAGCGAUCUUCUCCCAGGGGAGCCCUUGUGCAGCCCAAGGGCCACGGUUCUGCUGGAGUCCACCAUUCAGCUGCUGAGACAACUGUACAUGAACAAUGAAUGGGUUCAACAUAUCAACCAGCACAUGCUGAACAGACUACAGCUCAUCAACCCUCUCAUGAGGGAGGGACAAGGCAAGAUAGCAGGUCAUGCUAGUAAGGAGUUCGAUGAGAAAUGUGGGGUGAACAGAGAGAGGGGCUCUGCUUGGGUAGAUGUCGGGACGUCGACAGACCACCUCUCUGGCCCAGCGGGGCUCUCUGACGGCCAGCUCAGUAUGCUGUGCACUGAAGUCUGGCCUGUCAUGGCCCUCAUUGGAGGGGUGGACAGCGGUCUCCGUGCUGGAGGGACCUGCCUGCACAAACACAGUGGUCGACGGGCGACCCUGCUCGGGGUCUUGAAAGAGGGAAGCCCCCUGGCUAAGCUUCAGUGGGAGGAGACCGAUUUUACAGUGAGCUUCCUGAAUUCUUGGUCACCCAGCGACACGCCUCUCUCCUCCCUGGAGCCGUGCGAUGUCCCCCAGCUGGACAUGUCCCGCUGCUGUGGCCUCAAGCCAUCCGUGUUGUUCGACCUCAUCCUGAUGACUGGCAUCUUGGAAGAGCAGGAGCCUCCUUCCGGAUCAUCCGAAACAUCUGGAUUGCCACGGAAUCGGAUCAGCUCAGAGGGCGGCCCACGUAGCGAGCUGGAGAGACGUUUGGAUGAGGACAUUGCACGUAUUAUGAUGGACGAAGAGGGAAUGAGCUGUCCGGUGGAUGAAGACAGAAAUAAAGUGGAAGAGAGGAGACAUGAGAACCAAGAUGACACGUUCAGACCCCUUGUACAGUCAAACGAGGAGCCUGCUGCCGCCCCCUGCGCACCAAUUCUCGCACCACAACCCAGGGUGGACUUUUUUGCUUUGGAACUACGUGCAGUCCGCAUUUCCUACCUCCUCUUGGGGGCGCUAAAAUCUCUGGCUGUCAUUCUGAGCUGCGGGAAGUUCACUGAUUUUCUCCUGGUUCCCAAAUCAGAUGCAGUGGUCAAUGUAAGUAGCCCCGACCCAGCGAGGGCCUCUGCUGGAGGGGAGGAGAAUGCCGAGCUGCGCUCUGUGUUGCAGUUUGUGGUGCGCAGCAUGGUGAAGUGGGCCGUCAGACCCUGUCCGAUCAAACAAGCCAUGGCUUUAUCAGACCUCGAGAGGGCCCAGAUCAUCAUCUUUAAAGGAGUGUUGAGCAGACUGCAUGAGGAUGGAAGCAAAGAACGCAAAGAUUCAGGAGGGCACCCGUCCUCUCAGCCCGUGUCCAAGUCCUCCAGUUCAGUGUCGCUUUACAGCAACGGCUCUGAAGGCACCGCCAUCUUCGGCCAAUCAGCUUCACCCUCCACCAAUGACCUCACAGCCUCGCUCCUCACCGCCCUGCAGGCUGACGGCCUGGAGAACUUUAACCCUUUUCUGCCCAUCAACCUGCUACAGCGGAUGGUGCUGGCGCGUUUUCCCACAUUGGCAGGUCUCGUCCACAGUCCGGUUCUGCCCCCCGGGCUCAGCCUGACGAGCUCAGCGUCCUGUGAGGGCUUCACUGAGCAACAGACCAGCUUCCUGGAGCCCUGCGGACAGACCAGGACCCCCGUGGAACAGCCCCAAAUGUUUGUCCCAGUGCGCUUGCUUGAAAUGGGCUUCUCAAUGAGACACAUCUACAGGGCCAUGGAGGCAGCAGGGGUCACUGGAGAGGUGGACUCACGCACCAUCGAGGUGUUGGCGAGCUGGAUGCUGGAACAUCCCAUCACAGAGGAGCAGCAGGCAGGAGAGGGCUCGUUUGCAGGGGGCGCCACUGAUACGCCCUCAUCUGAAGGGCCAGAGACGGUCCAGUGCCCUGAGUCUCCAGCUCCUCUGACCCUACAAGAGAGCAGAGAACCCAACGAGAGUCUGUUGGCAGGCUUGGACUUGGUGGAGAGAGAGAACUUCUUAGAUGUUCACCUCACCAGGAACAGACUCUGGGUCACUGGAGAGGUGGACUCACGCACCAUCGAGGUGUUGGCGAGCUGGAUGCUGGAACAUCCCAUCACAGAGGAGCAGCAGGCAGGAGAGGGCUCGUUUGCAGGGGGCGCCACUGAUACGCCCUCAUCUGAAGGGCCAGAGACGGUCCAGUGCCCUGAGUCUCCAGCUCCUCUGACCCUACAAGAGAGCAGAGAACCCAACGAGAGUCUGUUGGCAGGCUUGGACUUGGUGGAGAGAGAGAACUUCUUAGAUGUUCACCUCACCAGGAACAGACCUCCACCUGCGCGGAGGCAGCGGUCCGGAGUAAGUCAGAGAACUUCCUUCAGGAGAGCAGACUCCCCGUCGCCCAGUCCUGUCCCAUCGCUGUACAGACAGGAUGUGGGAGUGGCAGAGUGGCCAGAGCGGGCUGAAACGCACCCCUUUGCUGCUGAAGACGACUCAGAGCUGGGCUACAUGGAUGAUCCGUACCAGGAAGAACCGUAUGAGGAGCUGCUCACCCCAGAGUUCAUCACCUCUGAGAGAGACACGCUGUGGAUGGUAGAGGUAUUGGCGACACUGUCUGUCUUUCUGUCUGUCUAUCACUCCCCGUCGCCCAGUCCUGUCCCAUCGCUGUACAGACAGGAUGUGGGAGUGGCAGAGUGGCCAGAGCGGGCUGAAACGCACCCCUUUGCUGCUGAAGACGACUCAGAGCUGGGCUACAUGGAUGAUCCGUACCAGGAAGAACCGUAUGAGGAGCUGCUCACCCCAGAGUUCAUCACCUCUGAGAGAGACACGCUGUGGAUGGUAGAGGGAAGAGAAGAGCACCCAGAGCCCAAUGAGAUGGUGGAGUGUGAGCUGUGUAACACUCUCACCCUGCAGUUCAACAACCACAUGAAGCGUCACCACCCAGGCUGUGGUCAGAGCGCCGGUCGCCGUGGUUACCGCAGCAACGGCACCUACGUGGACGGCUGGUUCGGAGGCGAAUGCGGAUCGGGCAGCCCAUACUACCUCCUGUGCACUGCAUGCAGGGAAAAGUACCUGUCCUCCAACCUGGGGGUUAUGAGCUCCAAACAGGACAGGGCAAGAGGUUUGGUGUCUGAUCUAAUUGGUCAAUUAGAUGGUACAUCGGAAGAUGAGUGGGAUCUAGGUAACCAGGAAGACUCGGACUCAGACCGGCUUACAGGUUUGGAGGACUUUGGGAUUCUUCUGAGACCUUUGGGUCUGAGUGAGAAGAAGCCCGUGCCCGACCCAAUCCCCUUCACUGAACACGACCCACUCGGAUCUCUCGUCAGUGGCUCGGUCAGCGGCAACAACAACCUGCUUUACAAAGGUGUUGUCAGCACCGAGCUGAAGAGCUUCUCGGUUCCUCUGAGUCUCGGGGAGCAGGCAGCAUCCCUGCGGGAGCCCCAGGAGAGACUGUUGGCUCUAAGGAGAGUCACCUCCACCGCUCAGAUCCUGCUGGCCUACAGUAUGGUGAUGAGAGCUCUCUCACAGACCUCCACCAGUAGUUCGGUGUGUAAUCAGUCCAGUGGUCUGGAGGCUCUUGGUCUGGCUGACAUCCGUAUCCUGGUGCGGCUGAUGUGUCUGGCAGCGGGGGGGCGUGUCCACACAAGCGUGGACCAGCAGGGAGUGGGGCGUGGCUUUGUGAGCGAUCGCACAGGCUCCGCCUUCUUGUCCUUCCUCAGCUCAGCUAUCGGCAGUUUAGUGUCCCACAGUCCUGCUGCCUACAGAGAGUUAGUGGACAUCUGCACUCAGGAUCUCAUGGCAGCAGCUACAGGGAUGAACAUCAGCGCUAUCACCGAUCCGCAGCAGAGGGUGAGGCAAAGCUCCGUCCUCAAGGGGGCGUCACAGGAGCCAAGAGAACUAACCCCGCCCACCUUCCUGGUCACACAGAGUCUAGUGUCUCUCCUGACAGAAAAAGGUGUCCGAUACCGUUAUAAUGUGGAAAGAAGUGAAUCCAGUGAAUCAAAGGAAGGCGGAAGCCCUCCACCCGCAGGUCCCCCACUCUCUCAAGCGGGGCUGCGGGUCGGACCGCUGGAGCUGGCUAAUGCGCUCGCUGCCUGUGCCCUGUCGGCCAGGCUGACCAGCAGACACCGACAAUGGGCGGCACAACAGCUGGUCCAGGCCCUGGCAGUCUCUGAGAAAGACAACACCGCCAGACCCCAGACAUACAGCGACAUGGCUGGAGAUCUGCACAAGUGUCCCAUCAAGAAGCUGGAAGGACAUCAGAACAGGGUGAGCAGCUGCAGCUGGAAUGCAGAACAAGGGCUGUUAGCCACCGGUGCACAGGAUGGGACCGUUCGACUGUGGGCCAUAACGCCAAACACAGCAGAACUACAGCACACACACACCUGCAGCGUCAGUGAGGACGCUCAGAGCUCAGAUGGUUCAAUGGGAUCUCAUCUGCUGUCCGCCGUAUCGUGGAGCGCAGAGGGAACUCUACUGGCUGCCUUCCAGAACAAACUCCUCAACAUCUGGAACGUCAAUGGUACUCAGGCACACAUCGAGGCUCAGUCCUCCUGGGUCACUGCGCUCUCGUGGGUUCAGACCUCCACUCCGUUCCUCAAUCAGGAAGCCUGCAGUCAGGUCAGCCCUCCUGAGAGUCUGCUGGUGGGCCGGCUGGACGGCUCCCUCUGCUGGCUGGAGGUCACAGACGACUUGAGGGUGGAGCGAACAGAGCUCACUCACUGCUAUAGGAAAGAAGCACCUCAGUGUCUGGCCUGGUACAGUGUUGAUAAAACCUUUGCCGUGGGCUAUCCCGAUGGCAAAAUUCUCCUAGCCACAGCAGAAAGCUACGAAACUGACCCGCCCAUUCUGCUAACAGCAUUUCCUAUUGUCCUUUAUUUCCUCAGUGGAUGUCAAAAUGGCCUCCUGUAUGUGUGGACUCUUCCUCAAGGGGGCGCUAAUGUCUUAGUGCCCAAUUUCCUCACCCCAUCUACCAGCCAAGACAAGAGCAGUGCCAUCAAGCGGGGCAAUGCUAAAUGUGUGUACCGCCUGACUGGACACAUUACCGCGGUAAAGACCCUGUCUUUUUGUCCCAGUGGACUUGCACUGGUGUCUGGAGGAAUCGGAGGGGUGCUCAACAUCUGGUCUCUCAGGGAUGGUUCGGUCCUGCAGACUGUGGUUACAGGAAUGGGCUCUGUGGUUUGUACCACUUGGAUACCACACAUAGGGGUGACCGCUUGUUCUGGAAGAUCAAAGGAUGCUUUGCUAAUUCGCUGUACCCCAGACUGGAUAUCUCAGAAUCACGUUCUGGCCUCCUGCCGUUCCGUUCUACGAAGUCAGAGCAUUCUGGGAUUGAAUCGUGCCCCCUGCAUGGCCGUCUUUCUUGAGCGCCUUCCCACACUGCUUCAGGAGCAGUACAGCUAUGAGAAGAGUCAUGUGAUGGCGGGCGAUCAGCUGACUCACAGCGCCUUUCUUCAGAGUCUGGCCACACUGGCCGUGGGUCUCUUCUUGGAUCAGUUACUGUGCCGUCAGCCCAGACCACCUCACCACAGCGGGACAGGGCCGGAUCAGGACGGGACCCCUGGAUCCUUCUGCCCCUCAGAGUGGAACUGGCUUUCCAUUUAUUCAACCACAGUGAAGAGCGCAGAGGCGUUUGCUCGUGGCACCCCGUUCCCAGAAUCCUUCAUCGCACCUGAGUUCCAUCAUUCUGGAUCCACAGAGUUGACCAAACCACUGGACAACAGUAAAUGGACCUUCAUGAUGGAUGAACAGCUCAUGUCCUGGGCGACCAGCAGACCUGAAGACUGGCAGCAGGGUGGUAAAAGUGAGGUGUACCUGUGGGGUAACGGACGUCACGGGCAGCUGGCGGAUGCCGGGACUAGCGCAUCUGUGCCCACCCUCGCUCCCUCCCUCUCUCAGACUCAACAGGUUGUGUGUGGUCAGAACUGCACGUUCCUGGUUCAGGCUAACGGUACCAUUCUGGCUGUAGGGGAGGGCAGUUACGGACGACUCGGACAGGGUAACUCAGACGACCUCUACACCCCAACUGUCAUCUCAGCUUUACAAGGUUAUGUAGUGACACAGCUGGUGACAUCAUAUGGGUCUGAUGGCCACUCAUUGGCUCUCACUGAGACCGGAGAGGUGUUCAGUUGGGGGGAUGGGGAUUAUGGGAAACUCGGCCACGGGAACAGUGAAAGGCAAAGGCGACCCAAACAGAUCGAGGCUCUGCAGGGAGAGGAAGUUGUGCAGCUGGCAUGUGGGUUCAAACACUCGGCCGCCGUCACAGCGGAUGGAAAACUUUUCACCUUUGGCAGUGGAGAUUCUGGACGCUUGGGUCAGAGGUCAACUUCGAACAAGAUGGUCCCAGAGAGAGUUACAGCGCUAGAUGGAUACCACAUUGGACAGGUGUCAUGUGGCAUCAAUCAUACUUUAGUCCUGUCAUCGGACGGCCUGACCGUGUGGGCUUUUGGAGACGGAGAUUAUGGUAAACUGGGUAUCGGACCAUGUACAGUGAAGUGCUACCCACAGAAAGUGGAGGCUCUUUGCAAUAAAGGCAUUAAAAAGGUUGGAUGUGGAACACAUUUCUCAGUGGUUCUGGCCAAAGAUGGACACGUCUACACAUUCGGCCAAGAGCGUCUGAUAGGUCUGCCGGACUCCAUGCUGAAGAAUCACAACCGGCCACAGAUCAUUCCGGCUUUGGAGGGCGUCUUCAUUGAGGACAUCGCUGUUGGCUGCGAGCACAUCCUUGCUUUAUCCAACACCGCAGACGUGUACGCAUGGGGCUGCAACUGUGAGGCCCAGCUGGGUCUGGGCCAUUCCAAUCCCGUCAAAGAGCCUACUCUGGUUACUGCUCUACAGGGCAAGAACAUCAGGCAGAUCUCGGCUGGACGCUGUCAUACCUCGGCCUGGACCACACCGGCUCUGUCAACCAGAGCUUCAGGUUGUUCAGGGAUACAGCUGGGUCUACCUCAGUCUGUGCCUCCGCAGUAUAAUGUCCUCAAAGACUUCAGCCCUGAAGUGCUAAACACCCGACUCAGAGUGCUGUACCACUUCUCUGAUCUUAUGUACAAGUCCUGGAGGCUUCUGAACCUCGACCCCCGCAGUCAGGUAAAUGCUUCCCGCUACAGCUCAGGUACCGCUGCCAUCGUGCAGGGCCAACUCAGAGGCCUGCUGUCCCCAAAAGUCAACACCCUUCCUCUCGUUCGCACUAUCGGCAGAACCAUGACGCAGGGAAAGACCUACGGCCCCCAGAUUACAGUCAAACGGAUCUCCACCAGGGGGCGCUCUAGCAAGCCCAUUUUCAUGCAGAUCGCCAAGCAGGUGGUGAACCUGAACCCUACUGAGCUGCGUCUGCCCUCCAGAGCAUGGAAGGUGAAGCUGGUUGGAGAGGGGGCAGAUGAUGCCGGCGGUGUGUUUGACGACACCAUCACUGAAAUGUGCCAGGAGUUGCAGUCUGGUGUGGUCGAGCUUCUCAUUCACACUCCCAACAGCACUGCAGAUGUUGGUAGCAACACGGACAGGUUCUUGCUGAACCCAGCAGCAGCCUUGGAUGAUCACAUGGUGCAGUUUCGCUUCUUGGGGAUCCUAAUGGCAGUGGCCAUUCGAACCAAAAAGCCCUUGGAUCUGCACCUGGCGCCAUGGGUGUGGAAACAGAUGUGCUGUAUUCCUCUGGGAGCCGCCGACCUGGAGGAGGUGGACCUGCUCACAUACCGCUCACUUCAGGGCAUCUUACACCUGGACAAUAGCGUGAUCAAUGAAGAGAACUUCACAGUGAUGAUCCCUCUGGACUCGUUUGUGGCGCACAGUGCUGAUGGCACGUCGGUUCCAGUGAUUCCUGGUGGGCAUAACGUUCCUCUGACAUUCUCCAACAGGAAUGAUUAUGUGGAGAGAGCCCUGCACUACAGACUUCAUGAGAUGGACAGACAGGUGGCAGCAGUGAGGGAGGGCAUGUCCUCAAUCAUCCCAGUCCCGUUGCUUUCCCUGCUCACGGCUCGACAGCUGGAACAGCUGGUGUGCGGCCUGCCCGAGGUCUCCGUGGAGAUGUUGAAGAAGGUGGUACGAUACCGUGACAUUACCGACAGCCAUCAGCUCAUUGGCUGGCUGUGGCAGAGCCUUGAGGAAUUUACCAAUGAGGAGAGAGUCCUGUUCCUGCGCUUCGUGUCCGGACGUUCCAGACUGCCAUCCAAUCUGGCAGACAUCACACAAAAAUUUCAAAUCAUCAAAGUUGAUCGGCCUAUGAACGGCCUUCCUACGGCCCAGACGUGCUUCUUUCAGCUGCGCCUUCCUCCCUACACGAGCCAGGCCAUACUAGCCGAGCGCCUACGCUAUUCCAUUCACAACUGCCCCUCCAUAGACAUGGACAACUACAUGCUGUCACGCAACACCGACCCAGCGGAUGCCUCUGACACCGAGUACUGACGCGACGCUCGCAAAAACAGAUGCUAUUACGCUACAAAGCACAAAAUAAUCUCAUAAAUGCCUCCGGUUGCACUUCUUCCUCAUACAUGCAAUACAAUUCUCAGUCACUAAACCUCACGUACGUUUUACGUACUCUCUGCGGUACCCAGAAUGCACUGCAGAUGCCAGUUCUUCCACAAGGUCAAUGGGAGAAUAUUUAAGCAAUUCAAUUCUUUAUUUAUUCAUUUUCGUUCGUGUCUCUAAACGUUGCAGGAAACUUCUUAAAAUGAAAAAAAUAUUACAAUACCGUUACAAGCGCCGUGCCUGGAAUAGUCGCAAGGUUUUUUCUCUUGGCGUUAGCGACAGAAACUGGGGUCAGUUCGUAGGUGAGCACUUGGCAGCUAGCUUCCUGGCCCAGUUUAUGCCAAAGGCUGUUAAACUACUGUACUGUAAUGUACACAAUACCUUCUGACUCAGUGAAAAAAAAAAAGUACUGUGAGUCUGAGAAACAAAUCCCAGAGCGAUCUUUGUUUGGGCGUUUGUAUCACGCUAGCUUAUAUCCUAAAUGAAUGUAUACUUGCAAAUGCCAUGCACGUGUGCACUCGAAUCUUUUAUUUGCCAAAUACUGUACUGAUGCUGUACAUUACAUAGGAUUUAAUGAAUUUUAGCCUUUUUUUUUUUGCAACUGUGAAAAAGCGCGUGGAGACGUUUGGUGAUUUUUGUGUUCGUCUGUGCAUUCUCACAGAGCGAGAGUGCAGGUUUGUUACGCUAUGCUGAUUGGUCAUCAGUGCUAUUAUGUGCUUCGGGCUUGUAUGCCUCAGUGCUGGAUGUUUUUACUGGUGUGUUUGAUAGAGGAGAGUCCCUCCUUACUCUCGAACCUUCUGUAUGAGGUGGUUUACAGUAUCGGUAAAUUAUUAUUAUUUGUUGUUUUCCUGAAAUAUUUAUCUGAGUGAGCUUUAUGUGUUGGAAAGACUACUAAUGAGGACUAAUAUGACUCUUGCGCCGUUUUGCACUUUAGAUCUGUAUGCAUUGCGCUUUAGCAUAUGAGGAAAAUCAUAUUCACUAUAAGAUUUCAGACUCAUUUAUCUAGAGAUUCUCCUAAACCAAGCCACUAAUGAUAUAAACCUCUUGGCUGAUUUUUUUUUAUGGAAGACUCCUGAACUAACUUUAACAUGAAAGAUGACUUUAAGGCUGAUUCGUUAGGCUAUGAUAUGGUGGUAUUUGUUGAUGCUCGAACUUCAGAUUAAGCCAUAAAACAAAACCAAUUCAAGAAGUCUCCUGAAACUGUAUGAUGUUUUAUGGCGAUGGCCUCUCAGAUGGAAGAUGCACUGUACUGUAAAUUAAAUUUUGUGU